GAAGUCUGCUGCCUCUUUGUUGUGUUUCUCCUCGGUUAAAUAUCCGUGAUGGAGCAGAACCAUUCCAGCAUGUAUUCAGUAAAGCAUCUGAGAGAGUUCAUCAGCGAGCGGCUAACUGCUGCUACGGAGGAAAUCUUUGGGGUGUUUGAGAGAACCAUCGAGCAGCAGAUGGACCAUCAGCGCAGACUGCUGGAUAGCAGCUUCCAGGAAACAGAUGUUCAGCAGUGUUUUCUCACAAAGAUGGAGUCCCUCGGGGACCAGCAGAUCAGCAAGCAGAUGGAGAACUUCAGUGAAGACCAACUGGAAGUGGUACCUCCAGAGAUUAAAGAGGAGCAGGAGGAGCUGUGGGCCGAUCAGGGAGAUGCUCAAAUGGUACUGAAGCAGGAAGCUGAUGUCCAAAUGGUGACACCGAUGUUUGAGGAAGGAGAUCAGAGUGAGUCUAAGUCACACGGAGAUCAGUUCCACCCUAAGAGACCAGAUCAGGAGGUCAGCUGGCCUGAAGACUUUGAAGCAGCCAGAAACACGGAGCAGAAGGAGAGAUGGAGCGGAAAGCAGAUGGACAGCUGUCUCCUCGCAAAGGGUGAUGGAAGCAGCUCCCUGCAGAGUGGUGGAAAAACGACCAAGACCUCAGGAACGACUCUCUACACAAUCCACACAGAUUUCCCCAACCAUUUUCUCUGGAAAGAGGCCAAGAUUCUUGAAGAGCAGGAGGGACACGCUGGUCGGGAUGAUGAGGAACCAGAACCUCUUGAGAUUAAAGAGGAGCAGGACCCCUGCUUCAGAACUGAUACUGAUCAGCUGGCAGUGAAGCAGGAGAUCAAUAGCUUCAUGGUGACCUCUGAUUAUGAGGAAACAGAGCAUAAUGAGUCAGGACCAAACAGGAACCAACCCUGUUCUAACUCAUCCACUGCAACUGAGAGCAAGUAUCUGGAGGGAACCCUGUCUGAAGAGUCUGGAUCAAGUGGAAAUUGGAAAAAUGAAAAUAAUAUCGCAGACAACCUCACUGGAUUAGACAGUCUCUGUAGUUCUGACCUGAGUAAUAAAUCCUUGAAAUGCGGCGUCUGUGGAAAAACUUUUAGCAGCAAUUUCAAAAUGCGAAAACAUUACAGGAUCCACACAGGGGAGAAACCAUAUUCCUGUAAGAUCUGCAGGAAAGCUUUCAGAGAAAGCAAAUAUCUGUCAGUCCACAUGAGAACUCACACAGGGGAAAAGCCGUAUUCAUGUGAAACCUGUGGGAAAAGUUUCAGUCAAAACAGCCAUUUAAGUUCUCACAAGAGAACCCACACAGGUGAGAAGCCACAUCCCUGCAGCACCUGUGGAAGAAGAUUCGCAGAAGCAUCUGCUCUUAGAAACCACAUGCUCACCCACACUGGAGAAAAGCCAUUUUCCUGUCAUAUUUGUGGGAAAAUAUUGAGGUACAGCAGCAGCUUGUCUGCUCACAUGAAAAUCCACACCGGCGAGAAACCAUUUGCAUGUAAAACCUGUGGGAAAUGCUUCAGCCACAACAGCAGCUUAAUUUCCCACAUGAGGAUCCACACAGGAGAGAAGUCAUAUCAGUGCACAACGUGCGGACGCUGCUUUAGCCACAGCACCACCCUGCUGCGUCACACCAGGAGCCACACAGGAGAACGGCCGUAUUCCUGCGCCACCUGUGGGAAAUGUUUUAACAGCAGCAGCCACCUUACUGUCCACAUGACAACCCACACCCGGGAGAAGUUAUAUUCCUGCACCAUGUGCAGCAAACGCUUCAGUCAUGGCAGUAACCUAGUGCGGCACAUGAGAACCCACACUGGCGAGCGGCCAUACUCCUGCCAGACAUGUGCCAAAAGGUUCAAAAGCAGCACUCAUCUCUCCCGACACAUGAAGACACAUAGGAAAGGUUGUAAUCCUGAAGUGGAAAUUAUCCUGGAAGAUGGUAGCACACCAGUCAGCGUUAUAGAUGUAGAUAAAGAGGAGAUAUGUCUGGAAACCUCUCUUCAAAUAGCCGCUCAGCAUGGCAUCAUUCUCCCUCUGGUGAAAAUGGGUCAGAGCCAAAGGCAGAACCCCAAAUCAGGGAGGACCCCAGCUCCUGCGAGUCAGGGAGGACCCCGACUCCAGCGGGUCAGGGAGGACCCCGACUCCAGCGGGUCAGGGAGGACCCUGGCUCCCGCGGGUCAGGGAGGCCCCGGCUCUGGACCCUGGCUCCAGCAGGUCAGGGAGGACCCCGGCUCCGGACCCUGGCUCCAGCGGGUCAGGGAGGACCCCGACUCCAGCGGGUCAGGGAGGACCCCGACUCCAGCGGGUCAGGGAGGACCCUGGCUCCCGCGGGUCAGGGAGGACCCUGGCUCCCGCAGGUCAGGGAGGACCCCGGCUCCGGACCCUGACUCCAGCGGGUCAGGGAGGACCCCGACUCCAGCGGGUCAGGGAGGACCCUGGCUCCCGCGGGUCAGGGAGGCCCCGGCUCUGGACCCUGGCUCCAGCAGGUCAGGGAGGACCCCGGCUCCGGACCCUGGCUCCAGCGGGUCAGGGAGGACCCCGGCUCCGGACCCUGGCUCCAGCGAGUCAGGGAGGACCCCGGCUCCCGCGGGUCGGGGAGCUCCUGUUCAUAAAUCCAUGAUUGUGCUCCUGAAGGAUGUUGAAUCGGAUGACGACUGGAAGCGGUUUGCCAUCAUCCCUCAAGCGUCCCACUCUGUGCACCGUGUCAACGAGGAAACCCAGCUUCUUCUAUUGUGUUGCUCGGCUAUCCGUCCAGCCGUGAUGGAGCAGAACCAUUCCAGCAUGUAUUCAGUUCAGCAUCUGAGAGAGUUCAUCAGUGAGCGGCUAACUGCUGCUGCGGAGGAAAUCUUUGGGGUGUUUGAGAGAACCAUCGUCCAGUACGAGCAGCAGAUGGACCAUCAGCGGAGACUGCUGGAAGACAGCUGGAAACCGGACAGCAGCUUCCAGGAAACAGACCAGCCACAGCUUUUUCCCUUUGUGGAGGAGGGAUGUCCUGCUGAUCAGAACCUGAGGACCCAGAAGGAGAGCUCCAAUCAGGACAAACCAGAACUGAUGCAUGUUAAAGAGGAAGAUGAGGAGCACUGCGUCAGCCAGGAGGAAGAGCGGCCGGACCUGAAGAAGGAGACAGACACUCUGAUGAUAGCUCUGAACUAUGAAGGAAGUUCCCUCAUUGAACCAGAACCCAGCGAUCGGUUUCUGUUUGACAAUAUUUCUGGAGCUGACGGUCGAGAUCAGGGAGGAAGCAGGUCCAGGAACUUUGUGGGAAACCCGGAGCCGAACAGAACCAGGAGCAGUGAGAAGCCUAGGAAAGCUGACAGAGCGGAUCGGACUCUGAAAUGUGACGUUUGCGGAAAAGUGUUCAACAAAGCGUCUGAGCUGAGGGCUCAUUACAGAAUCCAUACCGGUGAGAAGCCCUUCUCCUGUCACACAUGCCAGAAAGCCUUCACCUUCAAGUCCAACCUACGGGUCCACAUGAGGACCCACACCAACGAGGCACCCUUCUCCUGCCAGGCGUGCGGGAAGGUGUUCAAACACAGGAGCAGUUUGAUGGUCCACUGCAGGAGCCACACAGGAGAGAGGCCCUAUGUCUGCUCCACAUGCGGGAAGCACUUUACGGACAAGUCCUCGCUCAAACAGCACUCUGUCACACACACCGGGGACAGGAUGUUUUCCUGUGCUCUGUGUGGGCGGGGCUUCAACAGGAGAAGUUACCUGCUGCAGCACAUGAAGGUUCACACGCCAGAGAGCUUCUCUAACAACAGUUAGAGUUGGAGGGGGAACUGUUUUUUUCAACAGCCAGAUUUUCUUGUAAAAGAAAUGUAACUGCAGCGCUUCUCAGGCUGCAGAUUUAGAGAAUGAAUCACAGAAACCUUCAGAAAGGGUUAAACCAGCUGUACUGCUUUAUCUGAAGACCCCUCUGACAUUUUCUAUGUACAGUUUUACUUUAAAUGAUCUUUUCUUGAUAACAAUGUUUGUCUAAAAUAGAUUCUUUUAGUUCAUUUGAAAGGAUCCAGUCCUAAAGUCACUCGAAUCCGUUUAGAUGGAUCCGAAUCAGUUUCCUGUUGGAUCCUAGUUAUCAAUUUAGUCAGGUUCAGUUUAUCAUUUAGUAUUUUUUUAAUCCCGAACAUUGUUAUAUAUGAGCCCCUUAUCUGAACUGGUAGGACUGAAACUCUAAAUGAACCACAACACCAGUCUGUCAGACAUGUCUGUUUUUUUCCACUAUUCCUUCUUCAGAAAUAGUGGAAAAGGGAAAAAUUAUUAUUUAAGAAUUCAAGAUAACAACAUAAAAACUGGAGCAAUAAGCCUAAAUAUGAGCAAGGCUGUAGUUUAACUAAUCUGAAACAUAUUUUGAGUUUAAAGGUGUGAUGCUGCAACUUAAAGCAGAGAAAGCGGAUAUUUAUGUUAAACUGGUAUGAAUCAGGAAUGUGUCCAGUGCCCCCUAGUGGCAAAUCCAAGAACAACUCGUGCAUGGCAGCUUUAUUUUAAAGAAUCCAAGAUGGCUGCUUGCACCGUUACGAAAACCUGUUAUUUAUCUUGUAGUAUCCAAUGGACUAAUGCUGUAAUUUUGAUGGAUGUUUUAAAUAGUCAGUGUUUGAAAAUGUAACAGUUUUAAGGGCAGUUUGUGAAGGACUGUACGUUAGAAAACAUGUUGAAUAAAUGAAAGAAACUCUGAAA